UAUCCGCCCCCCCAAAACUCUUUUUUGGAAAAUUCCCUACAAGAGCCGAUUUUUUUUUUUUUAAACAUUUACUUUAUAGAAAGCAACAGAAAGGCAGCAUGUCAGCUGAAACACCAGUCACACUGAAUAUUGAUCCUCAGGAUCUGCAGGUCCAAACAUUUACUGUAGAGAAGCUACUGGAGCCACUCAUAAUCCAGGUUACUACACUUGUAAAUUGUCCCCAGAAUCCUUCCAACAGGAAAAAAGGACGUUCAAAACGAGCCAGAGUCCUCCUAGCUUCUGUGGAGGAAGCAACUUGGAAUUUAUUAGACAAGGGGCAGAAGAUUGCUCAGGAAGCCACAGUUUUGAAGAAGGAGCUUACUACUGCACUUGAGGAAGUUCGCAAAGAAAGUGAAGCUCUGAAAGUAUCAGCUGAGAGAUUUGCAGAUGAUCCAUGUUAUCUCCCCAAAAGGGAGGCUGUGGUUCAAGCUGCCCGUGCCUUGCUGGCUGCAGUUACCAGACUCCUUAUCCUCGCAGAUAUGAUAGAUGUCAUGAGUCUCUUGCAGCACGUGUCAGCUUUUCAAAGAACAUUUGAGUCUCUAAAAAAUGUUUCCAAUAAAUCUGACCUCCAGAAAACCUACCAGAAGCUUGGAAAGGAGCUGGAAAAUCUGGAUUAUUUAGCCUUCAAACGUCAGCAGGUAGGAGUCAGAACUCUUCCUGGUGGAGGAGAUGAACACUUUAUGCUUCCUGCCAUUCUGCCUGUCAGGUUUAAGUGGAUCUAG